CCACCACGAUGUCUGUCGCGUCAGACGCAGAUGAGAAGGAAACAAGAGGAUACCCCUCGGCAUUCUGGAUAGCCCUUUGCGGCUAUCCCUUGCUGUUCGGUCUUCUCUGUCGACGGCGAAGUGACCGGGCAGAGGGGGCCCUGAAGCUCGUCAGCACAAUCCAUGCCGUCCUCAGCACCUCGCUAGCCGCGCGCGACGCUUUUGAUGCAAAGUGGAAGAGCCUCAAUCUCAUCACGUCGCGUUCGGCGAGAAGCAAUGCAGUCGUGGCUAUUGAGGCGGGCUACCUGCUCCAGGACACUGCUAUCUCCUACCUCGCUGAUUCGAGGUACAAGAUCCGCUUCACUCGGCUCAUGAAGCUCCACCAUGUCGUCCUGGGCUCCUUGCUCACUCUCUUUCUCGAAUUUGCGAGGCGGAAAAGGGAGAGGGGCGUUUUCUUCGUCGAGAUGUUCCUCCUCAUGAACGCCAGCACGCCCCUCUUGAAUCUCCGCUGGUUUCUUCGUCGGCGCAACCACCAUGGAAGGGUGCAAGCGCUUGCAUCGACCAUCAACGAUGCGGGCCUGGUGGCAACGUUCUUCGCCUGCCGAAUUGGGCUGAUCUACUACAUGCUGUGGCUCUACGGCGUCCGAACGAACCGCAGCGUCGUUCAGUCCUUUCUAAGUAUUCCUGUCCAGUGCAAGACAGGCACAGCGUCGCUCCUGAUCCUCAACACGCUCUGGUGGUUAAGCAUGGCUCGUUCGACAUUAAAAAGGCAUCUCAAAUGAAACAAGAUGAAUUAGUCACUGUUUACUCCAGUCUUGUCAAGGAGCCUGGCCAUCUUCUCGCUGUCUUUGCGCCUCUGGGCCUCGACGUUGCUUCGAGAAGACGUCAAUCGCUCAUACAGGUCGUC